AUGGAUCCGAACAGUCCAAUGUUCCAACAGAUGCUCCAACAGCAAAAUCAGCAGAGAAUGGCCGAAUUGAGCGAAAGAAACGAAAGGGAGAGGGCAGCGAAAAAGAAGGAGAAAGAGCGGGAAGAGGAGAAGAAGCGGCAAGAAGAAGACAAGCUACUGCAGCUCGAGAAGAAGCUGGAAGAGUUCCAGGAGAACGCGCGGUUCAUCGGAGAGCUCGCCUCGAAUUUCCAGCCGAGCUACCAGGACACUCUGAACGGACGGAUUUACACGCUGGUGCACGGACUGCAGGACUUGGAUCGAAUGAAGGGCACUUUCAGCGACAAGAAGGUUCCGUUGGAGCUCCUUCAGUAUCUCGACGACGGAAAGAAUCCGUUGUUAUACUCGAAGCACUGCAUGGAGAAGACAUUGGAGAAGAACAAGACAGUGAGUUGAGCCAGAAAGCUUCAGAAAAUAAAUAUGAUUUCAGGUAAACGGAAAGAUUGAAAUAUACAAAAAAUUCCGUGCGCAUCUCAUCAAAGAGUUCAGCGAGGAGAUGCCCGAGCUUGUCAUUCAGUACAGAAACUACAGAGAUGAUCUCGAUUUGGCCUAA